AUGGCGAAUUUAACGGCAAAACAAACACGUGAACUACAAGAUGCAUUUAAUUUGUUUGAUAGUGAUCAUUCUGGCAAAAUAUCGAGAAAAGAGUUGAGAAAAGUUUUGAAUGCACUCAGUAUACAAGUAGAUGAAACUGAAUUGGCACAAUUAAUGAAACAAAUGGAUUCAAAUAAUAGUGGUGAUAUUGAAUUUGAUGAAUUUUGUCAGGCAAUGGGUCAAAUAUUUUUUAAAAAACACACUCGACAAGAAUUGGAAGCAGCGUUUCAAAAAUUCGAUACAGAUGGUUCAGGCUAUAUAACACCCAAUGAAUUAAGUCAUAUUAUGGCUCGAAUGGGACGUAAUAUGAAGAAAUCUGAAAUCGAAGCAAUGAUUAAAUCAAUGGAUACAACUGGCGAUGGAAAAAUAUCGUUAGAUGAAUUUGUUGAUAUGUGCAAUCAAUAG